CAGACCCGUUUUAAGGGGAAUUCUUGUAAUCGGUCACUGGUCUGCAGGUAUGCUGCAUGACCAGCGGCGGCGGCGAAGGCCUUCAUGACUCCCCAUUAUUGCAUAUAACGAGUGCUCGACGAAACAGGCCAUGCAUUCUGCUGACGGUAGAUUGCCCUGGCAACCUGACCCGGUGUCAUCUUCCUCUGGAAAAAAAUAUGCCUCCGGAUAAACUCGGAGUGCUUAAACGAUUUUAAAAUCGUCUUCUAGCUCACUGAGCUUGUCGUCGGUGAAUAACCUUGUCUUUGUUUGCGCGCCUGACUGUUUAAUCGUACUUUAGUUCUUAGCACAUUUAUAUGAUGAGCAUAAUGUCGUUUGUUAGGUGCGCGGGCCGGAGAGGUCGCGCGGCCGGCGCCGGUGCCAAAUGCCCGCGACGAAGGGAAAGUGGUAUGUCAUCGGGCGGGAUGUGGGCUGUGGAUCCAAUUUUAAAUAUCAGCCGAUAGUUGUGCGAGCGUGGCCGGCGCGUUCGGUCACUCUGUCGCUCACACGGUAGCGCGCUGCCUCAUACUCCACCUCACGCGACACAUCACAGCUGCACACGUGUGUCGUCCAGUGUUUACGCUAUUAGCCCUAUAUCCAUUUUACAAUAACUAUGUGUCGUAGCUACGAUUAAAGCCAACGAUGGAGAGAAAAAGGGCGUUUUAGUUAAGAAUGAAAGGGAGCGGUCCGCUAGCUUAGCUCGCUUCUGACUUUCGGCAACCGACGCUUUCAAUAAGACGAUGCUGCGUCGCAAGAUGCGCCGCCUGAGCGCGGAGUCCGCUGACCCCUCGGCCUAUGACCUCGCCAGGAGCCGGCGCGCCUCGCUCAGCGCGGAGCAGCGCCGGCGCCUCAGCCUGCUGCGGGCGGCCAGCGCGCCGCUCCCGCCCGACCCGGCGCCGGUGAGCCACCUUUACCAUUCGCUCCCCUGCCCGCGACUCUGCUGCCGCCAGAAGUACGUGGUCAGCACCGACCGCAGCGGUGACAUCCACGUGCAUGUGCAGGGCGACCUGAGUCAGCAGGACAAAAGAUGCGUCUUCCUUACAGUCCAUGAUUUGGGCACAAACCAUACGUCACUGGUGGACUUCGUAAACUGUCCCGCAAUGGCCGAGAUCAAGGAGCGCUCCUGCUUCAUCCACGUGGACGUGCCAGGCCACGAGGAGAGCUCGCCCGACCUGCCCGAGUCGUACCCUUUCCCGUCGCUGCAGACGCUCGGCGAGGACCUAGUGACGGUGCUGGACUUCCUGCGGGUGCGGUACGCGGUGGGGCUAGGCGAGGGUGCGGGCGCCAACGUGCUGGCGCGCUGCGGGCUGGCGCACCCGGCGCGCCUGCUGGGCCUCGUGCUCGUCAACUGUACCGCCUCUACCUCUUCGGUGGCUGAUGCGUUUCGGAGUCGCUUCUCGCGCUGGCGCGGCGCCGACAUCUCGCACUCGGAGGAGGACUUCCUUAUCUACCACAAGUUUGGACACGUGAGUUCUCUGCAAGAACCCCUUCACUAUCGCUACCAGCAAAUCCCGGGGGAGGGGGAGCGCGAGCGCACGCUGGCCGAGUACCGGUCGCGGUUGCGCGGCAAUCUCAACCCGCAUAACCUCAAGCAUCGCAAGGACCUGGUGCUGCGCGGCUGCCGACCGGACCUGCUGCUGGUGACGGGUGCGCGCAGCCCCUACGCCGCCGUGGUCGAGAAGAUGUACCGCGACCUCGACAAGGACAAGGUUACCAUUCUCAAGGUGGAUAACGUGGGCGACGUGCUCGCCGAGGCGCCAGCGAAGGUGGCGGUGUCGGUGCUGCUGUUCUGUCAGGGCCAGGGCCUGCUCACCUCGCUGCCGCCGCCCGGAGUGCAGCGCCGCAUGUCGCGCAACAUCUCCAUGGAGGAGUACGACACGCCCAACAUCCGCCGGCUAUCGCUGACGCCCGCCGCAGCCGCCGCGCCCGCCACGCCCGCUGCGCCCGCGCACACCACGCCGUAGCCAGCAAGAGCCUGCCGCACCGCUUCCUCUGCUGCGGUGGAUCUUUGUCAUAUACCAUCUUAUAAUUUCAUGUCGUGUCAUUGCCGUUUACAAUUGUCGUAGACUUUUGUAUCUGUUUUGUAAGCCUAUUUUUUGUACAUCUAAUGUUUUUCUUGUAAAUUAUGGUAAAAGUAAAGAUACAUAUUUGUUUUAGUU